AUGUCCCGCUCUUUCUAUGUCGACUCUUUAAUCAUCAAAGACUCCUCGAGGCCGGCUCCUUCCCUGCCUGAGCAUCACCACGGCCAGGACUUCUUCAUCCCUCUCAGCAUGCCUUCCCCCCUCGUCAUGUCGGUGUCGGGCCCGGGCUGCCCGUCCCGCAAGAACGGUGCUUUCUGCGUCUGCCCGCUCUGUGUCACCUCGCACCUGCACUCCUCCCGCGGCGGCGGCGGCGGCGGGACCAUCCCUCUGCUCAAGAGCCAGUUCCCCGCCGCCGCCGCCACCGGCGAGGCCCAGUGCUGCCCGCGGGCCGGCCACGCUCACCACCCGCCGCAGCACCCUCCGCCCGCCGCCGCCGUGCCCGCCGCCGCCGCCGCCGCCGCCGCCCUGGGGCACCCGGCGCAUCACCCACCUGCCUGCGCCACCACCACCUACAGCGUCAGUGACCCCCGAAGGUUUCACUGCCUCGGCAUGGGAGGGUCUGAUUCUAGCCAAAUUCAAAAUGGGAAAAGGAUGAGGACAGCCUUCACCAGCACCCAGCUCUUGGAGCUGGAGAGGGAAUUCUCUUCCAACAUGUACCUGUCCCGGCUGCGGAGGAUCGAGAUAGCCACCUACCUAAACCUGUCCGAGAAGCAAGUGAAAAUCUGGUUCCAAAACAGGAGGGUGAAGCACAAGAAGGAAGGCAAAGGCACCCAGCGAAACUCGCACGGGGGCUGCAAGUGCAGCACCAGCCAGGGGCACUACCCCAGGUCGGAGGAUGAAGAGUCUCUAUCCCCCUCAUCGGCUACCGAGGAUAAAGAGAUCUCACCGUUAUGA